GGAUGGUUUUUUGAGAUUACACUUUUUAGCUAGAGGGGUAUCUGAGACGAUUUCUCAUGAAAGUCGUCUUCAACCUAUGAGAAAAAAUUGAAAAGUGAGACAACACAAUUACCAGAUUCUCCGAAUUUCAGCCAGUUCUAACAAAACUUCACUGUCUUGUCAAUGGCGUACUCAGACGUGUACGCACCGUCGGCACCGGAGCUACCAGACUCAUUCGAACAGCAGCUCAAUGGGGAAGAUAGAUACUGUUACGCAUAUCCAUAUAGCUCCUCCGGGAUGUUCUCACCGGAAACGCAUCCAGACAUCGCGAGGAGCUUCGAGUCGGCGGAUAGAGACCGGAGCGGAUUCCUCGAGGAGUCGGAGCUCCGGGAAGCGUUGUCGUUUUCUGGGUUCGAAGGGAUUAGUAACAGAACGAUUAGGUUUCUCAUGUUCAUCUACAAGAGUCCUGGAGAUUCUCUGCUGCUGCUUGGUCCUAAGGAGUAUGUUGAGUUGUGGAAUUGCCUUGCGCAAUGGCGUGCAAUAUUUGACAAGUACGAUAGAGACAGAAGCGGAAAGAUGAACUCUUCAGAGCUCAAAGACGCUUUCUAUCAUCUCGGGUACAUGCUUCCAGCCUCGGUUCUACAGCUUAUCUUAUCGCAUUAUGAUGACGACCUCUGUUUCGACGGGUUCCUCGAAUGUGGCAUGAUUGUGAAGGGUUUGACUGAGAAGUUUAAAGAGAAGGAUUCCAGUUACACAGGCUACGCAACGCUCUCUUACGAUGUCUUCAUGUCGAUGGUCAUUCCCUUCAUCGCCUCAUAUGAC